GUGACUUUGCACAGGCUGUAGUGUAACCCAGAGAUAUUUUAUUUAAGAACAAAGAGACAGCUUAGUGCACUUCCAAAGAGAGUUGGAAGUAGGUCCUUCUCACCAGCGAAACGAGAGAUGCAACGGCAGCAUAGAGGAAUUAUCUAGACAAGACAGAUGCUAUAAAGGCACCAAAAAAUAGACAGAAUGGCGGAUUGCUAGUGUUUGAUCUAAAGGAAAAAACGAUGAUUGAGCCAAAUGAAGCAAUGUCAGAUAAAUGCCUCUUUGGACACAGACCAAGAUUGGGAAGCAAAUUUUAUACAUCACCAACACGAGUCUCUCUAAAUGUAGCUAAGACACUCUCGGAAAAGAAGGAAGUCUCUUCAAAGACUAUUGAAAAUAAAAUCUCUUUAAAGAAUACAGAAAAUAGAGUAUCUUCAAUGAGUAUUGAAAAUAAAAGUAUCUUAAAUCUACAGUCUGACCUGUGGUCAUCUUCCUUCUUAAAAGAAAGCACAGGGAAAGUGGGCAAAGACACAGUCAUUGCAAAGCAGGAGAAAAAUAAUGAAUCUUGCCUUCAGGAUACUGACAAUAAGUUGUCAGAAUCAACCGAUGAUGAUGAAGAUGAUACCAAUGAUGAAGAUAAUGAUGAAAGCAGUAAUGCUAAAAAGGAUACUUGUGCUCCUCUAGAGUUAAUGGCAGAAUUCCUGAGAGCAGAAAUGGGUGGCGACUACCACCUGGCAAAAAAAUUAUGUCAGAUGAUUCUAAUCUAUGAACCAGAAAAUCCUGAGGCCAAGGAGUUUUUUACACUUAUUGAAGAAAUGUUGCUGAUGGAGAAAGCUCAGAAUCUUAAAGAUGAUGAAGAAAGCGAAGAGGACAGCAGCGAUGAGAGCGAAGGAGAAAGCAGUGAGGACCAGGAUGACGAGAGUCCUGAUGAGUGUCAGGAAGGGUCGUGAAUGCUGCUGCUGUGCUUUAAGCUUCAUGUAUUUUCAUUAAUGUAAACCGUGCAGAUAUAAAGAAGAAAGCUGCAUUUUGGUCAAACUGUUCUUUAUUUGGUACAGAGUUCUUCUAAGUUAUUCAUAUUCUUUCCUGAGCUCCUUCCUAAUAUUUAGGCCUUAGCUCAAUGUGAGUUACUCAGAGAGGAAAAGAACCCUGGAAACAUUUCUGUAGCACUGUGCGCCAGGUACUGCUCAGGCUGCUCGACACACAUGAAUCUAUUUAAGGUAGCAAUCCCAUGAGGUCAGUACUAUUGUUAUCCUCAUUCUGCAGAUAAGAGACUGAGGCACAGAGAGGGUGAGUAGUUUGCACAGUGUCAUACAUAAAAUUGAUUUGUACAGGCUGGCCAUCAUGGUUCCAGAAUUCAUACUUUUAGUCACCCAUAUAUGACCACCACCACAGGUACUCUUACAUAAUUUGUUUUA